UGAUAAGCCAAAAAUAUUUUUCCCAUUUCCCAUUACUUUCUUCACAGCAACUGCAGUGUUUCACUUCCUCAUGAUGAACACAUGAUAUUUGACACUAAAAAGAAAAGAGUAAGAGAUAUAUGAUAGUAGUUAAGGAUGUGGCUAUGAAUGCUGAAGAGGAAAAGGGCAUAGCAGCAGAAAAUACAGUCCUCCUGUUGAGCAGAUACUUUUAUGUAAACAUAAAAAGGAAAAAUGAAAGCUUUUAUUUGUUUCAUGGACAGCCAAACGAGACAACAUUGUUUCUUGUUGUCACAGAUUUCUUACAGUAUUAAUUCCAACAGUAUGUCUUUUUAGGAAACAGUUGAAGUAUUUUUGAAACAUCCUUCUGUAAAAGAUGACUCGGAUCUUGAGGGAAGAACUUCCUUCAUGUGGGCAGCUGGGAAAGGCAGUGACAACGUCAUUAGGACUAUGCUGGACUUGAAACUGGAUAUUGAUAUCAAUAUGACAGACAAAUAUGCUGGGACAGCGUUACAUGCUGCUGCACUUUCUGGCCAUGUCAGCACAGUGAAAUUGCUGUUGGAACGCAAUGCACAGGUGGACGCUUUGGAUGUCAUGAAACACACUCCACUUUUCCGAGCCUGUGAGAUGGGACACAAAGAAGUGAUACAAACGCUCAUUAAAGGAGGAGCAAGAGUAGAUUUGGUUGAUCAAGAUGGCCAUUCACCCCUUCACUGGGCAGCCCUGGGAGGAAAUGCUGAUGUGUGCCAAAUCCUGAUAGAAAAUAAAAUCAACCCUAAUGUGCAGGAUUACGCAGGUAGAACACCUCUGCAGUGUGCUGCAUAUGGAGGUUACAUCAACUGCAUGGUAGCGUUACUGGAAAAUAAUGCAGAUCCAAAUAUUCAGGAUAAAGAGGGAAGAACUGCUUUACACUGGCUCUGUAACAAUGGCUACCUUGAUGCUAUAAAGUUACUGCUUGGUUUUGAUGCUUUCCCUAAUCACAUGGAGAACAGCGAGGAAAGAUACACUCCACUUGAUUAUGCCUUGCUUGGUGAACACCAUGAAGUGAUUCAGUUCAUGUUAGAACAUGGAGCUCUCUCUAUAGCUGCCAUACAGGACAUUGCUGCUUUCAAAAUUCAGGCUGUUUAUAAAGGAUAUAAAGUUAGAAAGGCUUUUCAAGAGAGGAAGAAUCUUUUAAUGAAACAUGAACAACUGAGAAAAGAUGCUGCUGCCAAGAAACGUGAAGAAGAAAGUAAAAGAAAAGAAGCCAGCCUACAGAAAGGAAUGCAGAACGUGGAACAAAAUAAGUUUCGAGUACAACCGAGCACAGCUGAUCGAGAGAAGACUUCCAGCACAUUACAGUUAUCUAAUAAACAAAUUGAUCUACAGAAUAAGAGACCUCUCUCUGUCAAGGCUUCUCAAAUUCAACUAGGGAGAAACAGUAGAGGUUCCCCUAAAGCUGGUCGCAGCAAAGGGUCACCAAAGGAGAGUUGCCUGUCUUCAGAGCCACAGAGCGAAGGUCAUAACAUCAGGCAAGAAUUACUGAGAAAACACAACAAAAGCAAGCCAAGUUGUGUCCAUUUCCAUUGUGGCAAAGCAAAAGAGGUAAUGAAAGUUGAAGCAAAACAUCAGGUUGCAGCUGCUACAGAACUGAAUGGAGAAAAGCACAAAGAGCACACUUUGGAGGCAAAUGGUACUCCUGCUCGUGGUAACAGAAGGCAUGCUUCUACUUGUGGGACGGCUGGUGCUGGGGAAAAAACAAGAGAUCAAAGUCAGUCUUCAUCUGGUAACAGAGGCCAUUGUGAAGGAACUUCAGUGGUCGUGUGCAAUGUCAGUUUUGCUGGUGGAAUUGCAAGAAAUUCAAAGCGGUGUGAAGCUGUUCCAAAAGGCAAAAGGCAUCAGCAGAAAUCCAGACAUAAAGAGGUAAAUGAUGAGAGAUGUUCACCAGCUGGCUCGAGUAGACCAGGGAGUGCCAAAGCAGUAUUUGUGAACACCAGAAAUGUCGCUGUUAGUGCCAUAGAACAUGCUAACAAUGUGGGAAAUAAUGAAUUAGUAAAAAAGACCUCCCCGUUAUUGUCUACUGAGACCAAAUCUACAGGAGCUGGGCCAAGAAAUCCAGCAACGUGUUCUGCUCCUGAUGACAGUUUGAACUUGGAAAAAACAGGUGAAGUUGGAUCCAGGAAUGCAGAUGACCAACUGUGUUCCGUUGCGUGGCAAAGUACAAAUAUUGAACUGAUCCCUUUAGAGAUUCGGAUGCAAAUCAUAGAAAAAGAAAGAACAAGAAAAGAGCUUUUUCGGAAGAAAAACUACGCUGCUACAGUUAUACAGAGGACAUGGAGAAGUUACCAUCUCAGAAAGGAGUUGGCUCAGCUUCUUAGUACUAAGCGGCAGUGCAAAGAAGAUGAAGAAAAAUGGAGACAAGAGGCAGCUGCUUUCCUCAUUCAAGUUGCUUGGAAGAAACAGCUGAACCAUAGCCCUCAGAAAUCAGUUCCUCCAUGUAAAAACCUGAAAUCUGUAAACAAAACCAGCUCAGCCAUAAAAACCAGCAAGCAGUCCAUCCUCAAGCAGAUCUAUGGUCGUUCUCAGGAAGGCAGAGUGUACCAGCCAGCCAGACCUCCUCCUAAGCUGAAACUUUCUGAUGUCCAGCUGGUCUCAGUGAACAACCUGCAGUAUGUUCAUUUGCUGGAGAACAUGGGAAAAUCAAAACAGUUUUCAUAUAACAUGAGGCCGAGCACUGCUGCAAAAUCCAAAACUACAAGACUCGAAAACUAAGCGGACGUUUGGGAUUUAAGGAGCAUUCUGGUACAAAUGUAACUUUUCAUCAUGUGCAAGCCAUCUACAUUUUAAACUUGAACGUAUUUUCAGUUUUUUAUUACAUGCCAAGCAGGCUGCUAGGGAGCUGGACUUGUUUGUUUUGUGUACAAAUUUGUCUUUAAAUUUUAAUUUAUUUACUGAUACGAUGAAAUCCGAACUGCACUUGGAAGCAGACAAUUAAGUGCAAAGCCCAGCACUGUGCUGCGAUGGUUCACAAACAUUUACAUUGUUGGGAUCAGGAAUUUUGAGUAUGUGUUCAUUAAAUGCAAUUGCAAAGGAGAGUGAAACUGUACUGGGGCUGUAACAGUAACUGCUGUUCAGUUUCACCUCAAAAUUUACUAAAUGUAUCUCAGAAUCUAAACAAGAAAGGAGGCAUUACCUUUGUGUUCCAUUUUGUACUAAAGAAUAGGUAAUUUCUCAACCUAUUUUGGGGAUUUGGAAGGGUAAGGAAAAAUGUUGACAAAGAAAUCACUCCGUAAGUAAAUUUCUUUCCACAGCAUAUGGAAAGUGCUGGCAGUGUUUUCUACCCUUUGAAAUAAUCCCGUUAUUUAUUCAUUAAGAAUUGUAUUUUUGUACACACGCAGAAUGAAUUUCUACAGAAAGCAAUACAGGGCAGGGCCUAUGCUAGCAGGAAACUUGUCUUUAGAGCAGUUCAAGCUGCUGCUGUACAGUAUUUACUUUGCACAAUGUCUUUAAAAAUACAGAUUUCUGCAAUUAAAAUAAGAAUUUAUUUUUAAAGUGGUGGACAUACAAUUUUUUUCUAGCUGGCAUUACAUAAUUACAAUUCUUUAGUUGUACGGAGUCCAGAUGAGUCUCUGCUUCCCUACGAGCACUUAAACCUCACAGAGGUC